CAAAGAAGCCUCUUUCAUAUCUCCUGAAAGCCCCAAAAUCAAGCCAAGGCCCCCUCCUGCCUUCUCCAGGCCUCUGAGCCAAAGCCCUGAGAAGGGAACCCACAUCUGUUCCCUGCAGUACCUUCGGAAUAAAGGAGUAGGCGAGGGGUCCAGUGGGCCCGAGGUCAACCCGGCCUCCGCCAAGUUCCCCGAGGACCCGGGCCUGACCAAUUCCCCGGCCUCAGCAGGCGAUCACGCUGGCAGGCUUGGAUCUUCUCGCUCCGUGACCAGCCUGGGCCACACACUGGUGGAAUCUGCUCUCACAUGGCCUUCCCUGCACAGUCCUCACGGGCCCUCACCCAGGGUGGAGGAGAGCAACAGCAAGCUUCUGGAGUCAGAGAGGAAGCUGCAGGAGGAGCGGCACCGCACCGCGGUGCUGGAGCAGCACCUGGAGAAGAUGCGCCUGGAGCCUGGGAGGACGUCAGCUUCUCAGAGAGCAGCCCCCAGGAGCAAAACAGCUCCCUGUGGCCAGCAGCUCUGCAGCACUCAGCUCUGCUCCACUUCGCGCAGCUCCGCUCCAGAAAGGCCACCUCCUCCCUGCCCUCCUCCUCCCCCACCCCUCCUGCUGUCACCACUCACCGUUCACAGCCUCGAGGGCGUGGGGACCCCAGAGCUGGACACACUGCACCAGGGCCCCAGAGCCCAGCUGGUCGGACGGUCGCACGGUCGGACGCAGGACCCCAGAGCCCCGAGGUGGGCAGUGUGCCAGGGUCCCUCACAGCUUCCUCAAGCCCCAUCCAGGCUAUGGGCGUCAAGACAGCCUUGCCCGCGGCAGAGCUGGGCCUGUACUCCCUGGUGCUGAGCGGGGCCCUAGGCUAUGCUGGCCGGGGCCUCUUUGAGGCUUCACAAGGUGGGGCCCACAGGAAAGCCUUCCGGGAGUCUGUGCGACCUGGCUGGGAGUACAUUGGCCGGAAGAUGGACGUGGCUGACUUCGAGUGGGUGAUGUGGUUCACCUCCUUCCGCAACGCCAUCUUCCUCGCUCUCUCCGGACACGUGCUGUUUGCGAAACUCUGCACUAUGGUUGCCCCCCAGCUCCGCUCCUGGAUGUACGCUGUGUACGGGGCCCUGGCGGUGGUGGGCACGAUGGGCCCGUGGUACCUGCUGCUGCUGCUUGGCCACUGCGUGGGCCUCUAUGUUGUCUCACUCUUGCACCAGCCCUGGCUCUGUCUCGGCCUCGGCCUGGCCAGCCUCGCCUCUUUCAAGCUGGACCCCCUCAUCUCCUGGCAGAGCGGGUUUGUAACAGGGACUUUUGAUCUUCAAGAGGUGCUGUUUCACGGGGGCAGUGGUUUCACGGUGCUGCGUUGUACCAGCUUUGCGCUGGAGAGCUGUGCCCACCCUGACCGCCGCUACUCCCUAGCUGACCUGCUCAAGUACAAUUUCUACCUGCCCUUCUUCUUCUUCGGGCCCAUUAUGACCUUUGAUCGCUUCCACGCUCAGGUGAGCCAGGUGGAGCCGGUGCGGCGAGAGGGCGAGCUGUGGCGCAUCCGGGCCCAGGCGGGCCUCAGCGUGGUAGCCAUCGUGGCCGUGGACAUCUUCUUCCACUUCUUCUACAUCCUCACCAUCCCCAAUGACCUCAAGUUCGCCAGCCGCCUCCCAGACAGCGCCCUCGCUGGCCUAGCCUACUCAAACCUGGUGUACGACUGGGUGAAGGCGGCCGUCCUCUUCGGCGUCGUCAACACCGUGGCGCGCCUCGACCACUUGGACCCGCCCCGGCCUCCCAAGUGCAUCACAGCGCUCUACGUCUUCUCCGAGACGCACUUUGACCGUGGCAUCAACGACUGGCUUUGCAGGUACGUGUAUGACCACGUUGGUGGGGAGCACUCUGAGGUGAUCCCAGAGCUGGUGGCCACUGUGGCCACGUUUGCUGUCACCACUCUGUGGCUCGGACCUUGUGAUACCGUCUACCUGUGGUCGUGCCUUAACUGCUUUGGCCUCAACUUUGAGCUCUGGGUACAGAAGCUGGCAGAGUGGGGGCCCCUGGCACGAAUUGAGCAGGCCUCUCUGUCGGAGCAGAUGUCCCGCAGGGUCCGAGCCAUCUUUGGGGCCAUGAACUUCUGGGCCAUCAUCAUGUACAACCUUGUAAGCCUGAACAGCUUUGAGUUCACAGAGCUGGUCGCCAAGCGCCUGCUACUCACAGGUGAGGGACGGGGGAUACAGAAUAUGCCAGGUAUCGACCUCAAGGACUGUGACCUCCUGAAAUGUCCCCACCCCACCGCAAUUCCCCAGGGACUCAGCAGGGCGGCACAGUCAAGCGGGGAGAGAGAAGAGUCACUGGGGGAAAGGGGAGCUGCUUCCAGGUGCGCAUGACCUCUUCCCCACACAGGGUUCCCCCAGACCACGCUGGCCGUCCUGUUUGUCACCUACUGUGGUGUCCAGCUGGUGAAGGAGCGAGAGCGAACCCUGAUGCUGGAGGAGGAGCAGAAGCAGGACAAAGAGAAGUCGGAGUAGGGGAGAGGGGGAGACGGAUGGGCUCUGCUCAGCCGUUCCUGGGAGGGGCCCGACUGAUACAAUAAAAGACUUUUUACCG